UCGGUCGACUCGAUCGACAGCUUGCUGCAGGAUUGCAGUCGUCCGAGUAAUAACCACAGAAUAGAUAUAAUAGUAAUAAUAACAAUAAUAAUAUUAUCAUCAUAAUAUUAUAUUUAUUUUCAUACUUUAUUUUAUACACCACACGGUUAUCGUAAUACCCGGCGCCCGGCAAUAACCAUGUCCGGCAUGUCGAUAAUAUUUAUAAUAUAAUUAUAUAUCAUAAUGAGUUAAGAGGACGUAUAACCGGCACUCGCAUGUGUUGUCUUCCGAUUUUCGUCUCACACACGUACGACAUGGACAAAACGCGUUUACGCAGUCUGAGUAGAACUCGCUCAAUUUUGGUUCUAGAGAAAACAUACCUAUUAUACAAUUGAACCGUAACAAUAUUUCUGAGGAUGAGACGCUGCGUGUUUUCCAUUAUUCCCAAUAUAACGUUCGUUAUAUCAUUUAGAAAUCACGAAAAUGUCAACAUUUUUAAAUGACCUUUAACUUUUCAAAAUUAAUUUUUUUUUUUUUUUAAAACGCAGCGUCUUGUCCUUAAAAAUAUUGUCACAAUUAAAUCGUAUGAUACCUAGAGGUAUAUUUACUCUAGAUAGUCUAGAACCAAAAUUGAGCAAGUUCUACUCAGACUGCGUAAACGCGUUUUGUCCAUGUACGUUUGUAAGACGAAGACAACGCAUGCAGAAUGACUUCCUCUUCAUAACAACGACGUCAGUACGUCCAAAUACUGUAAUUUACAGUAUUUGGUACGUCACUCACCACGAUAAAGGUUUGAAACCGACGACGCCGCGGGAACCAUUUUCACUAUACUUCCGCGAAAACUACUUAAAGGAAAAUUUGGUGUUAAGUAUUUUAUCACUGAGAGGAGUUUCUCAGCAAUGCACAGAAUCAAGACAUACUCAAGACCAACAAGAAUGAGUGAAAGACUUCAUAGUACUACAAUUUUAUCAACCGAAAAGGAACUGAGUGGAUAGUUAAUACAAGAUCCAACAUCAGUCAUAGAUGAAAUUUCCACAAGUAAAAACCAUGGAUUAUCUUUUUCUUUAUAAUUAUACCGUCUAUUAAAAAUGUUGAUUUGAUUUUUAAUUUAUAAAACUUAUGUUUUAAUAUGAAUUAUUAAAAUAUUAUUAUUAUUACUUAUUAAUACUUAUUACUUAUACAUUUUUAUUUGUGUUUUCAAAAGAUUUGAAAAUUUAAAGAGAAAUUGUGGUUUUCUUUUUAUUAUACAGAAUAUUUUAUUCUAAU